AUGCAAGAUGCCGAUCCAACUAUAGUGCAAACCAAACUAGAUACCCAAACAACGGAAAAUGCCAGCUCCUCAGCUUCCACCGCUCAAGCACCGCAGAAAAUUAUACUUCCAGUAAUAUCACCGCGCCACAACCCCGAAGUCCUCCUAUUCAACGUAGAAGACAUCAGGACUCUCCGCAACGACCACCACAUCCUCGGCUUGUUAUCAGGGACACUACCGCAGUUCCCGCAACAGAACAUAUUCCUCUCGAUCCCACUCAAGCUCAACAUCUACGAGACACUAUGGCUAGUGAAAAUGGACGUGGCCCGCCUUGUGGACCAACUAUCGUACCGCUUGGCGAAAUUGCAAUCUUGCACCCAGACAAAUCAAGUCGAACCAGGGGAGAAUAUGGUCACUAUACCCAACAUGGACCCCACAGGUUAUGAUCAUGGGAUAGCGCGCACACACGAGAUUCCAACCCGGGCAUAUAUCGAGUCCUACUUAUCCAAUGCGUCCCGUCGCGACCGCCGCAAUUUCAAACGGCAUUUCAGAUACUACGCUUUUUUGCAAGACCGGGGUUUUUACAUUAACCCCGGGUUGAAAUUCGGUGGUGAUUUGGUGCUUUAUCCCGGUGAUCCCUUGCGGUAUCAUUCGUAUUCGAUCGUCAGGUUUGAGUUUGUUGAUAUGUAUGAGAUUAUCAGUGGUGGGAGGUUGGCUACUAGCGUCAAGAAAAAUAUGAUUGUUAUGGGCUCGCGGGAUGCAAACACACGGGAACAGGGCGGGGCGGAGGAUGAUGUCACGGUGGAUGAUGAGUAUGUGCUGCUGUUGUUUGAGGACGAGGUGCCGUUGUGUUUCUCCAUCGAAUGGUCCGGGUUUGGCUAA